UUAAACCCAGCCGCAGAAGGAGAAAUCAAUGGAACGCACUGUCCCAUCGAUGAUGGCUGGCAGAGCAACCUCGUCCGACGACCCUGACGACGGCUGUACGAUUGAAGAGAAGAGCGGCGGCGCGGAAGCGGUGGCGGCGGCGGCGUCGUCGUCGAUGCCUCUGCCUCUGCCUCUGCCUCCGCGCCGGCCCAGAGUAGCCUUCCUCGCCAGCGGGGGUCCCGCGGACGGCGUACGACGCGCCGACGUCAUGGAGUACUACACGCAUCGCGAUGGAUCCAUCUACAGAUGCACUGAUUACUUGUCCAAACUUUACCGUGUCCGCGAUACCAGCGAGACUAGGAUGGAGCCAAUGAUGAGGUCGGAGCCAUCAGACUCUUGCUCGCCGAACUGGAGGGCUUGUGAAAGACAUACCCAUUGCACCAUGAUGCAAAUAUUUUCGCUCAAGCUGGCAUAUCCUCCUUGUGAUGGUGACCCAGUUCAGGUGUACGGAUUCAUGGCUGUCCGUGACACUCGGGACCAUCUUCGUAACUACAUCUUCAACCGCACAAGAGACGACCCUUUCAUCGUGGAACACGAGGACGGAUUUAUACAGUUGUCCGGAUCCAAGAGAGGCAUCUGGUGGUAUGACAAGCAGCUGGUUGAGUUCGACAUGAGGAUCAAGAGAGAGGAGGACGAAGCAGACGAUCUGCAGCUCGUCGAUGGCGGCGUCUGGUUCUACGACGGCUGCUCGCCACACGCCAGAGUGCUCACGCAACGCAUCGACGGUGACUAUGGCUCGGUGGACAUAAGCUACGCGCUCCUGCAGCUAGCGAUGGAGGCCACGGUGCAGAUUGCGGUGUCGGAGCUGGACAGAGACAUAAGCCUUGCUUGUCAGAGCGUUUUACGUCAGUGAUCUCUUGCACCAGGGGAUGCAGCUGUUCGAUGGCGUUAUCCCUGCUGAUGCUGCUGGUGGUAGGUAUGAGCUAGAUAAGUAUGUGGCCGCUGCUUCCCGAAGUACCAAGUUGGCUCUGUAAAUGAGGAUCCGUUCUUUGGAAGAUGAUGAUGAUGAUGCUUGGAGAUACUGUCUCAGCCCAGCCAGUACGCAUGGAACUGACGACUUCAGUUUCACGCUCGGUUUCGCGACCAUUGAUGUGAAGAUCUCUUGGUCGACAUUGGAGUAAACACA